UUAGGGUUUUUCUACUUGCCCUUGUCUCCUUCUCAUCUCCCUCUCCUCCGCCGUCAGUUCUCAUCUCUCUCUCCCGCCGUCAGUCCUGCUGCUCAGCCAUUGUUCGACAUGGUCGGAGCUUUCGAAGUCGGAGCUGUCCCCUACAACCCAGACGGUUGGGGUCCGCCGGACUCCACCGCCACUCUCGCCGCAUCCUCCAACCUCCCUCUCAAUGUGCCCUUUGCCCCAUUCUCUCGCUCCGACAAGCUUGGCCGGAUCGCCGAUUGGACGCGCACAAUCAACAACCCCGGUCGCCCCAAGACCGCUUCCGAUUCCGUCUUCGAUUUCACCAAUGACGAUUCCUUCCCCGCCAACGCCGACGAGGACAUGUCCUUCCGUUUGGUUGAUGGAAAGCCUCCUCCGCGUCCCAAAUUUGGCCCUAAAUGGCGAUUCAACCAGCAACGAACGCAGCUGCCCCAACGCCGCGACGAAGAAGUUGAGGCUCGGAAGCGCGAGGCUGAGAAGGAGCGGGCUCGACGCGACCGCCUCUACAACCUCAACAGGUCUAAUGUCAAUGCGCCGCGUCGUGAGGCUGCUGUUUUCAAGUCCUCCGUGGAAAUUCAACCGGAAUGGAACAUGCUCGAUCAAAUUCCCUUCUCCACGUUCUCGAAGCUGUCCUUCUCUGUUCCUGAGCCCGAAGACCUUCUUCUGUGCGGUGGGCUAGAGUUCUAUGAUCGAGCGAACGACCGAAUCACUCCCAAGAACGAGCGCCGUCUCGAGCGCUUCAAGAAUCGCAACUUCUUCAAGGUAACCACUACCGACGAUCCUGUCAUUCGUCGUCUCGCAAAUGAGGACAAAGCCACAGUUUUUGCUACUGACGCGAUCCUUUCCACGCUUAUGUGUGCUACAAGAUCGGUUUAUUCCUGGGAUAUUGUGGUUCAGCGUGUUGGUAACAAGCUUUUCUUUGAUAAGAGGGAUGGGUCGCAACUUGAUUUGCUUGCCGUCCACGAGACCUCGCAGGAACCCUUACCAGAGGCGAAGGACGAUAUCAAUUCUGCUUACUCACUGAGCGUUGAAGCCGCUUACAUUAAUCAGAACUUCUCGCAGCAAGUUUUAGUUAGGGACGGUAACAAGGUGGCCUUUGACGAGCCAAAUCCAUUUGCAAAUGAGGGCGAGGAGGUCGCUUCUGUGGCUUAUAGGUAUAGGAGGUGGAAACUCGAUGAUGAAAUGUAUCUUGUGGCAAGGUGUGAGGUUCAAAGUGUUAUGGAGGUUAAUAAGCAGAGAUCGUUCUUGACUUUGAAUGCUCUCAAUGAAUUUGAUCCCAAGUAUUCUGGUGUUGAUUGGAGGCAGAAAUUGGAGACACAAAGGGGUGCUGUUUUGGCCACUGAGUUGAAGAACAACGCUAAUAAAUUGGCAAAAUGGACAGCUCAAGCUUUGUUAGCUAGCGCAGAUAUGAUGAAGUUGGGGUAUGUCUCUAGGGUUCAUCCUCGUGAUCACUUUAACCAUGUUAUCUUAGCUGUGGUUGGAUAUAAACCCAAGGAUUUUGCAGCUCAGAUUAACUUGAAUACUUCUAAUAUGUGGGGUAUUGUCAAAUCUAUUGUGGAUUUGUGCAUGAAAUUAAACGAAGGUAAGUAUGUUUUGGUUAAGGACCCGUCGAAACCACAGGUUCGGAUCUAUGAGGUUCCUGCAGAUGCAUUUGAGAACGAUUAUGUUGAGGAGCCACUGGCUGAGGAGGAUCAAGUGCAACCACCAGGAGAGGAUGAAAAUGGUGCAACUGAUAAUGUGGCAACAAAUGAUGCAGAAGAGAAGGUUGAUGCUCAAGCUUAAAGUGCAUCAUUUGUGUCUCUUCCAAACUUGUUCGGGGAAGUUAAAAUUUUAACCUUUUGUUUCUAUUACGUCCUUUCUUUUACUGAGUUUGUUAUUUAUAUUGGUUUUGGAUUCUGGCUACCAUAAUAUGAUACUUGAAACAUUUUCCAAGCACAGCUGGUUAUGCUUUCAUGGAAGUUUUGAACAUGAGUUAUUUCCUUGAAUCGUAUGUUUCUUUUCUGA